GGUUCCAUUGGCCUCUUGUCCCCCUGGGCACACCCGGGCUAGUGUCCAGCCUCUGUCACCAGCACCCCCAGGGCCUUUCCUAAUCCUUUCCAGCCCCUCUGUCCCAGCCUGGAGCUGCAGGGGGUUGUUGUCACCUAAGGACAGGACCAAGAGCUCUUUGAGCUGCCACAUUCCCCUCCCUCCAUCAUUUUGUGGGGGAAAAGUAUCCUUUAGACUAAAAAUCACACAGGACAUCACACAAGAGGCGAUUUUGUCCCAGGGUUUGUUGUCCUUCCACCCUUCCCACCUGUGAAAGGAAAAGAAAAAUGGGAUGACCUGCCAAGCCCGAAGCUCCUACAUCACGAGCGAGAUCCUCUGGGGUUAUCGCUUCACCCCCGUCCUCACCCUGGAGGACGGGUUUUAUGAGGUUGACUACAACAGUUUUCAUGAAACCUAUGAGACCAACACCCCAGUUUACAGUGCCAAAGAGCUGGCAGAGAUGGCCAGCCGAGCAGAACUGCCCCUCACGUGGUCCGUUUCCAGCAAGCUGGACCAGCACGCGGAGCUGGAAACCGAGGAGGAGGAGAAGAAUCAGGAAGACCAAAAUGAAAGAACGGUGACGUGGCCAACUUAG